AUGUGUGGGAUGGGGUCAGUGGAGAGGCAUGGGGAAUGCAGGAAGAUCGUAGGUUGUGGCGGUCGGGUUUGUGGCGCCUACGGAGCUUGUGACUUAGAGAUUUCGGGUUGUAUUGCGUGCACAGCUGAGCUGGAGGGGUGCGUGCUGACGGGGGAGAUGGGGUGGUGGGGGGUAGUAUGCAGAGGAUGGUUGGGCGUGGACUGGUUGGCGGCGUGUGACGUUGAUUUGUCUGGGAUGGGGAAGUUCGUCAAGCGCGUGCCAAGUAGACAGCUGAGCUGGAAGGAUGCUUGCAGACGGGUGACGAACAGGGCGAGGGCAGAGCAGGAGUGCAGGAAUUGCAGAGAGUGCGUUAGGGUGGUUCGACGGGUUGUUGCGGUUGGGAUCGUGGCGCCUACGGAGCUUGUGGUUCAGAUGUUUCGUCUUGUCCUGGUAUGCAGAGAAGGGGGUUUGGGGGUAGGCUGGUUGGCGACGAUCGGCGUUGAGUUGUGCGGACUGGGGUCAGGGAAGAGGCACCUGCAGGACAGGAAGCUCGUAGCGGCCAGGCAAUGCGUAUGCACGUAUUAUGGAGACGAACAGGACGAGGACAGAGCAGGCGUGGAGGAGUUGCAGAGAGAGGGGGCGUGGUGGGUGUGGGUAGUGCACAGAGAAGACGGUUGGCGGGUAGAAUAUUUUGCUGCGUUUGAGGUUGAUUUGCGUGGGAUGGGGUUGGUAGAGAGGUAUGUGGAAGACCGUAGGCUCGUAGGUAUGGGGGCGGUGCCGGACUGCGGUAUAGCGCCCAGGCAAUGGGUAUGCAUGCAUCAUGGAGACGAAGAGGACGAGGACAGAGCAGGCAUGGAGGAGUUGCAGAGAGGCGGAGGACGGGGGAAAGCGAGGCUGGUGGCUGUGCAGGAAGUUCGUCAAGCGCUUGCUGUGUAUAGAGAGCUGAGCUGGGUGGGUGCUGACGGGCUGUAUGAGGGGGACGUGGUGGGUGUGGGUAGUGCACAGAGAAGACGGUUGGGGGGUAGAAUUGUUGGCUGCGUGUGA